UUGGGGGGCGGCGGGGUCCCCGUGUGCCAUAUGGGGCUGCCGUAUGGGGUCCCCGUGUGCCAUAUGGGGCUGCCAGCCCCCCCGCCCCCCACAGAUCGUUCUGCCCCCCACCUGGAGCGCAUCCGGGAGAAGCUGGCGGAGAACAUCCAUGAGCUGUGGGCGCUGACCCGCAUCGAGCAGGGAUGGACCUACGGCCCCAUCCGUGACGAUGCUGAGCAGCUCCAUCCCUGCCUGCUGGAUUUCCACAGCCUCCCCGAGCCGGAGCGCAACUACAACCUGCAGAUGUCGGGGGAGACGCUCAAGUGAGGGGACCCCAAAAGA